GGGUCGAGCCGGGCGGCGCGAUCCACGAAGUGGCGACUAGAGAGAGUGGCCGCCUCCUUUUCUGCCGCCACCGUCGCCGCACCUGAUCGGCUGGGGCUGGUGGAGCAGAAGCCGCCUCCUUUUAUCUGGCUCCAGUAGGGCACCAGUCUCUCAGAAUCGCUUCUCCCAUGGCUUCAACCGGCAGUGGCGUGGAGGAGGUGCGCGUCUCGGUGUUGACCCCGCUCAAGUUGGUGGGGCUGGUAUGCAUCUUCCUGGCAUUGUGUUUGGAUCUGGGAGCCGUACUGAGCCCGGCCUGGGUGACGGCCGAUCAUCAGUCUUAUCUGUCCCUCUGGGAGUCCUGCAACAAACUCGGCAACCCGGAGACAUGGCGCUGCAAAACUACCUUGAACAGCGAUUGGCAGAUUGCUACUCUUUCUAUGCUGUUGGGUGGUGCUGCCAUAAUUCUUAUAGCUUUUUUGGUUGGACUAAUUUCUAUUUGUGUGGGAUCACGGAGGAGGUUCUACAGGCCUGUUGCUGUCAUGCUGUUUGCAGCAGUGGUUCUUCAGGUAUGCAGUCUUGUCCUUUACCCAAUCAAGUUCAUUGAAACUGUCAACUUAAGAAUAUACCAUGAGUUCAACUGGGGCUAUGGCCUGGCUUGGGGUGCAACUAUAUUUUCAUUUGGAGGUGCUAUCCUUUAUUGUCUGAACCCUAAGAACUAUGAAGACUACUAUUAAAGGAAACUUCUUCUUUUGUAAGGAAAGGAAUAAACAAGGAUUGGCCUGUCUUUUAUAAGUGUUUUUAGUACUUUUGUAGAGUGUCAAGCUGUCUACUCCAUUGAUUUAUUAGCCAAUUCUUUUUGGCUAUAACUACUGCAAAUAGUUUUUCAACCUCUCUUUUUAAAAAAACCUGAUAUAUUACAUCUGCUACAUCUGUAGUGAAAUAAAAGAAGUGGCAGCUAUAGUAUAAUGCAUAUGAGAAAAAAGCAGUUGUAUUUGUUAUAGUCUGUUAGCACAAAAUGCGCAAUUCCCUCUUUAUAUCAUACAUGAUGAUAUAUGCUGAAAUAUGCUGAAGUUUACCAACUUAGACUCCUGUCUUGUAUUGGUCCUGAGACUCUUACAUAAAAUAAAUGACUGAAUAACUAGAUACUGAGAGAAGGCAACUGAUUAGUACCUGCAUUCAGCAAUUCUCAAACAAGAUGAGUUUGUACAUUUUUCAGCCACCUGUGGUAUGUCAAUAAGACAAAACUUAGAACAUAUUCUUCAUUUUAUGUGUUUGGACAUUCAGCCUCAGCUGUAACCAAGUUCUAGAAAUAAUGUGGAGAAUGACACAAAUCUAUUGAGAAUUUUUAAAGGUGGGGGAGCAGGGGAAAUAUGCACGAGCUGCUAUUAUCUUGAUGCCAUUUCAUUUUUAAGCACCACAGUAAAGUUUUCAAAUAAGAGCUUGAAACGGGAUGAGAUAUCUUCAUCAUAGUCAUCACAAUAAAUCAUGAAUUAUUAUGUGGCAAAUGAGACACAAUGAAUUUCAGGUAUGCAUGGUACCAAGUUCCCAUGUUUUUCUCUGGCAUGAUUAUAUAAGAGGAUAUAUAUGGGGAUUUUCCCCCUUUAGGAUUAAUUGCAGCUUCCUAUUUUAUCCAAACUUGAUAAAACUGUGGUAAAUUUUAACAAUUAACUAAUUUAAAAUUAUGGAUUCUGAAACUUGUUUUUGCAAACAAAUUUUAGUUAAUGUAAACUACAUUUUUUCAACAAUAAAUAUUUAAUUUAGAUAAGUGUGACAUUACUUUGGCUUUAAGUAAAAGGUUCUAAUAUAAUCUGAGCAACACUAUAGGAAGAUUGAGAUGUCUGUAAGAAUUUAAGCAUCUCACCUAGCUUAGCUCUUAAGACGAUAAAUAAUAGUUUGCCACAAUGCCUAAAGUGGCCGAGUGUUUGUUUGCCUUAAAUACAAUUAUUUUGCAGAUAAAAACAAACAUUUUAAAUGGAAACAUCCUUAAAAAUUAAGGCAAUAUUAAUAUAAAUAUAUGUAUAAAUUUCUGAGAGCAGCUGUUAAUCUAACAAGAUAUUGUCAGUCUUUAAUGAUGUAUUUUGUAACAUAUAUGACCAUGGCUAUAAAGCCAUACUGAUAAAUAUAUUUCAUUAAGGAGUGGUAAAUAAUAUUACUAUUAAACUCACUUGAGAUAAAACUAGAAAAAAGAAUUAUAACACAAUUUAGACAUUCUAUUUGAAAAAAGUGUUAAUGUGACAAAUCCCUCUUUGGAAAUAUAUAUAACCAAAAUUAAUUUGGGAUGGGAAAUUGAAAUUGAUUUACCCAGAAUAACAUUUAUUUUUAUUUAAAAAUGUCUUAUUUGGAUAUUUUUUAAUUGUGAAAAUAUUUUUAUACAAUGUAUAUGGUUCUAAUACAAAUUUUAAAACAAUUAUUUUUGUUAUAUGUAAAUUAGAAUGUACCCUACUCUGGCUCUUCUUUAAAAUGUAAUACUUUAAACAAUGGAGAUACUGAUCUGUGUUAUUGCUCUGUAGUGCAGAAUUUCUAAAUUUGAAAACCUCAAAGUAAUAGACAAUUAUUGCAAAUGACAAAAAGAAAAAUGGAGUAUCCUGCAAAAUAUAAAUA